UGGCAGUGCGCCAGCACCGAUUUCAAGUGUUUCAACGGCCCGUGCCUGAACCGCAGUCUGGUGUGUCACAAUGGGAUCGACUGCCCGCUCAGCUGGAGUGACGAGGACCAGUGCACAUUUAACUGCUCAGAAGAUCACCGCUGUCAGUGCCAAGAUGUGGCAAUCAACUGCACUGGCCUGGACCUGACAACACCCCCUAGUGACAUCGAGCCAGAAAUCACCAAAUUUGACUUUCGACGGAACAAGCUGAACCUGACGGAAAGCUUUCACUUCUUUCUAAGCCACGAAACAGCUGUCCAUUUGGACCUCAGUUCGAAUGGAAUCACUCAUAUACCGCCCAUGAUGUUCCAAAACAUGUUCCGCCUGCACGUUCUGGAUUUACGAGACAACCACAUCACCGUCCUGAAAAACAGAACUUUCUUCGGACUGCAAAACGUCCGAGCGCUGUUUCUUACAGGAAACCGUUUACAAAGGAUUGAAGAGAGCGCAUUCUUGGGCCUAUCGUCCCUGGCAAUUUUAGACCUCAGUCACCAGCGUCUGACGUACCUCUCAUCGCGCUGUUUUCUGGGAUUGCGGAAACUGGCCAACCUAAAUUUAUCUAACAAUGGACUCCGCCAUCUGGAGGUGGCUGCAUUUACCGGACUCAGCAAACUGGUGAUGCUUGACAUUACCAACAAUGAUAUCGAAGAUCCCCCGAAGGAAGUUUUCAGAAGUUUGACCUCUCUAAAUCGCUUGGAGACGGACCUGUUCGGUUUGUGCUGCCUGGCACGCCACGUGCCCACGUGUCUACCAGCGGCCGACGAGUUCUCCAGCUGCGAAGACCUCAUGUCCAACACGGUGCUGCGUCUCUGCAUCUGGGUGCUAGGCGCUGUGGCGCUGGUCGGAAAUGUCCUGGUCAUGUGCUGGCGCGUGCUGCACAAAACUAGCAACAGGGUUCACUCGUUCCUGAUCAUGAACCUAGCAUUCAGUGACUGCCUAAUGGGCGUGUACCUACUGAUGAUCGCGGCGGUGGACCAAUACUACCGCGGACGCUACUCGGUGCACGCGGUCCACUGGCGCUCCAGCAGGCUCUGCCACCUGGCCGGGUUCGUCAGCACGUUCUCAUCAGAGCUGAGCGUCUUCACACUCACUGUGAUCACGCUGGACCGUUUUCUGGUGAUCAUCUUCCCGUUUCACCUGGAUCGUCUGGAGAUGUCACGUACCCGUCUCAUCAUGGCGACUGGAUGGACGGCCGUGGCUCUACUGGCCGCCUCGCCCCUGAUGCCGCUCUCCUACUUCAGUGGAUUUUACGGACGUUCGGGAGUAUGUUUGGCGCUUCACAUCACUCCAGACUACCCGCCCGGAUGGGAGUACUCGGUGUUUGUCUUCCUAGUCCUGAACCUGAUCUCGUUCGGCGUGAUCGCACUGGGCUACACGUGUAUGUUUGUGGCGGCCAAGCGCACACAGGCUGCUGUUCCAGCUCUGAGGCGACGUUCCAAGCGCAGCACCAGAUCAGAUGGAGCCAUGGCACGACGGAUGACGUUGAUCGUCGCCACCGACGCCGCGUGCUGGCUCCCCAUUAUCGCCCUGGGAAUCGCCUCACUCUGCGGCGUUCGCGUGCCGCCUCAGAUAUACGCCUGGGUGGCGGUGUUCGUACUCCCUCUGAACGCGGCUGUCAACCCUCUCCUCUACACUCUAUCCACGGUACAGUUCGUGGAACAGGUCGAGAAGAGACUGCACACGUUCAGAGUGUCCUGGAAACGGUCGUUCACGAUGAAAACCUGCACCACGGCUGUCACAGAGGGCAGAGCAAACGACCAGGAGCACCAGCAGUGGAGUCCGCGGGUGUACCGGUUCGGCCCAGCCCAGCAGAGCGAAUCCGUUGACACAGUGGCACUGGUGACUCUCUCACACCGGCGGCAGAGACCGAGAGUUCAAGUGACUGGAAGUCUGACUGACUAUCGAGGCGGAAAGAAACAUUCUCUGCGGACCAGUCAGAGCUUAGGGGUCAACCAAAAUCAAAUAGAUCAGCAGCACAAAUCAAACGGCGGGGCCCGCCGACAGUUCCAGCUAGUGCCACCGCCCCAGGGGCAGCAGCACGAGCUGCAGGCAGCUCAGAAACAAAGACAAAGACAGAAGAAGAGGAACAAUGAGCUUUACGAAUGACUUGUCAUCUGUGGUGUUUAUUGACGUCUUGUGUUUUCCAUGAUAUAUACGUAAUAACGUGGAAGAAUUGUCGGGGAGAGAAUAGUCAUAAUACGCGGCGACUUGCUGCUAUGUGUUAUUGCUAAGUCGCUAAAUGCGUUGUUGUUCUUUGGACCUGAAGAAUCCUAUUCAACCAUAAUUUAUGUAAUAUGGUGCAUAUUCUACACCUUUUUGCACUACAAAUCGGCAUCUGGUCAUUCAAUUUCGACACUUUGCAUUCAAUAUCGACAGAGCUACCUCCAUUUAGACAUACCUCACACAUUUCGAAUUAUUUCAUCAAUUUUAAAUAGCACCGGUUCAUAUUCGAUCUGUUGCGUCGAAUUUCGACAGGGGCAUUGAAUUUCGACAAUGGUCAGCUGUAAAUGAAGAACUGCAUUUGACUUUGACAUUUUACAAUCAAUUUAGACAAUGGUUGUUUGGCUUUUUUAUAGAUUUACCUUAAAUUUAUGAUAAAAUUGUCUUAUCAUGUGAAAGCUAUAACGUAUUUUCAUGGAUAUGUAAGAGUGCCCCUCCCCCGCUCCUCAGCUAGUGGGCUCUGCCGCCGCUGACUUUGGGGCUGACUGGUGGCCGCUGUUGAGCUGUUGCCGUCCGCCGUCGCGCUGCUGUCGUGGUCCGGGCCGUGGGCCGCCCGCGGCGGUGCUCGUUGUCGGCCGCUGCCCCGGGGCGGCCCCGACCCGGCGUUGGGUGGGGCGCCUCGUAAGCGCGUUAGCAGCAUUCAAGGACCCGUCUGACAUUCGACGGGCCCGCUGCAAUUGAACACGGCACCGCGUACAGCCGCUCCAGAGGUAGCCCGGGACGGGCGCUUUUGUCGGAGCGACUCUGCAUGCGUGCAAUGGGUGACCAUCAGCACGGAACAACGAAGCAUCAUAAGGAUCAGAUGGAUAAGGAUGCAGAUGGAGUACGGAUGAAUUUACCGGCCGUGCUGUAGGCAAAUUUUAUUUACAUAAGGUUCUGAGCACCAUGAUUGGGAGCGACUGGGACGACCAGCAUCCAGCAGGUCGUUUUUCUUUAUUUUUCAAAAACUGCUUAAUCAACGAUUUUUAAAUAAGCAAUGUCUAAAUCAAAUGAGUGAUGUCGAUUUUGAUUGUAAAAUGGCGAGAUUGAAUGUCUCGUGUCUAAGUCCAUGUCUAACGUCUAAAUACGUAAGGCCUUGUCUAAAUUGAAUGCCCCUUGCCGAAAUGAUGACUGAUAUCGAUGUGGUGUGCCCGAUGUCAAAGUAGAGCCCAUAUGACAAAACAAAAUGCCUCUAUUCGAAGCAAAUGAGAGAUCGCUAAAAUUGAAUGCAAUUCGCCGAAAUUGAAUGAAAAGAUGCCUAUUUUGAGUGCAAAAAGGUGUAAUAUGGUGCAUAUUCUAUUUAUGUGUACUGAGGCCUCUUGCACCAAACUACCUAGCUAGGUAGAAUCGAAAAACCGGUUUCAGAAUAAGCUAAUCAAACGGUGGUAAAUUUGUUUGCAAUAGCCCAAUACAUAAUCCUACAGGUGCUUGGUAAAUUUUACACGCCAAUUGUCACAUUUGAGUCUUGGAUUGUGUAUACGAUGCAAAAUAAUCCAAGCAUUGGUGCAAGAGGAUUUUGGUGCAAGAGGCCUCUGUACAUAUUUAUGGCUCAUCAAUUGCGUAUACGAAAUGUAGUUGUCCUACUGUAGGAGCUCCACUGACAUUUGUGUACUAGUUAUAUUCGGGAAAAGAAGCGCAAGAAAUAUGUAAAGAAGCUACAGUUUGUUACUCGUGAUGUUGUGAUGGCGUCUGUAUCUCACCAGGACAGUGCACUGGCACUGCCUGUGAUGUGAUCUUUUCGUAAAAUGCGUGAGGUUUCUUUGCGCAGCUGGUACAUUAUCAAACAUAAUGAGGUUGUGCGGUUGGGCUUGUGACACGGCGGUCAGCUAUAUUAGCUAAAUUAGAUUGUAGUGAAUAGGUAACAGGCUUAAUGUUUUGUCGAUGUUUCCAAAGCCUGGUUGUGAAAUACCUUGUAAUACAUAUAUAAAACCUUUACCACAGAUAACAGUAGUACUACUGUUACUACUGUAGUACUACUGUUAUCUGUGCCUUUACCCAUAUCAAUUAAAAAACAUCACUAUAAACUUGAUUACAAGUGCAUCAGUAAACUACAGACAGCUAAAAUGCAGAUCCACAAAUGUAAGGAACGACCAAAUGAAAACAGUUGAACUGGUUACACUUUAUUUCUCGCUGAGUCUAGUAAACUGUUUCCUUUUUGUGCUACCCUAAUGUAGGUAAGGCAGGCUUCACAAUGUCGACGGAGCUCGCUCUGUUAUGAAAUAACAAACCCACAUAAUAGUUUUACGGUGGUGUUGUGGUGGAAAAAGCUGUAUCCACAUUGUGCAUAAUGAAAUGCUGUUUGUUGUCCAAAAGAGGCAUCGCUUUUGCUAAGAUAGUUCUACGAUUCAACCAAAGGUUAAUAAUUCCGAGAGGAUUUGUCCACUUUUGGUGCAUCGUUGUUAUGAAAUAGGUGUAUAGUCGCUAAACAUCUUUUGUGGUGUAUCUGUGACAUUUUUGUCAAUUUUGAGUGUAAUAUUGACCAACGAGAAUGUCUCCAUACGUGUUCCUAGUAUUGUUAUGUCCCUUUGUAACCAUGUAUGUACAUACAACUGUACAGUGUACCUUAUGUAUGUAUAUUGCUAGAGCGGCUAAGAUGGAGCGCCAAGCAAGAGUAGCAUUGUCAUAAAUAAUGUGCUCACUGAAAAUAGGGCGGAGCUCAUGUGAAUGCUGUAAAAUGAUAAUGUGCUUGUAUUGAGAAAAGACGAAACUUUCCGUUAGGUACUAUUGUUCGUUCUUUGUAUUGUCGUUUGUUCAUCAAUCGUGCUAAUGUGUUGAAUCAUUGGUGUUAAUCAAUAAAAGACAAAGGGCAUUCUU